CAUCGACCUCGGACCAUUUGAUCGCACUCGUGCAACGGCCUUGUGAUCGUCCUUUACUCUAAUUGUGAUCACUUUGUCCGUGCUCUCGAUUCUUCUCAGUUACAUGAUCCACUCCUCCCCCAACCUCCUUGUGCCCACUUUCCCCUGCUCUCGCCACUCUCAUCGGUGAUCUGUCCCCACAACACCGCAUCAUCGAAGGAACACCAUGUCCGAACGCCCGUCGGGACUGGGCAGGAACCCAACUGCACCUCCUAUCAUGGCGAAUGGUCACUUUGCUACGGUCGGCGACAACGGCGACUCCGCCUCCUACGAGCAUGGCGUCCAGGUGAUUGAUGAGAAUAAGGAGUUCAAUGCGAAUCUCUCCAAGUACCUUUCCAUCGAAGAUGUCACGCCCGCCGGCUUCAAUUAUCAUCUCAUCUCCGUGUUCGGCUCCCAGUCGACCGGCAAGUCCACCCUACUGAACCACCUCUUCGGCACUGAGUUCUCGGUCAUGUCGGAGCUGGAGCGGAGGCAAACGACCAAGGGUAUCUGGCUGUCGAAGAACAAGAAGCAGGGUCAGGAGGGCGCGGAGCGCAUGGCGGAUAACAUCCUGGUUAUGGACGUGGAAGGCACUGAUGGUCGCGAGCGUGGCGAGGAUCAGGACUUUGAGCGCAAGAGUGCUCUCUUCGCGCUUGCGACUAGUGAGGUCCUCAUCGUCAAUAUCUGGGAGCACCAGGUGGGGCUGUACCAAGGCGCCAACAUGGGGUUGCUGAAGACCGUCUUCGAGGUCAACCUGCAAUUGUUCAUGAAGGAUAAGAAUACCACUCACCGAUCUCUUCUGUUCUUCGUUAUCCGUGACUUCAUCGGCAGCACCCCGCUCAAGAACCUCCAGAAGACCCUGUUGGAGGAUUUGUCCCGCCUUUGGUCGACGAUUUCGAAGCCGGCUGGACUCGAGAACUCAACGAUUCAUGACUACUUCGAUUUCCAGUUCUACGGACUUCCACACAAGAGUUAUCAAGCAGCGGAGUUUGCGGCGGAGACCAAGAAGCUUGGAUCCCGCUUCCGUGAGGGCCACCGUGACCCCAGGAGAGAUGCACUCAAGGGCGAGUUCUCCGAAGAGGGUGUCUUCUUGCCCGAAUACCACCGACGGAUCCCUGCGGAUGGAUUCUCUCAUUACGCCGAAGGCAUUUGGGACCAGAUCGUCAAUAACAAAGACCUCGAUCUGCCCACGCAGCAAGAAUUGCUUGCUCAGUUCCGCUGCGACGAGAUUCUGCGUGAGGUCAUGAUUGGAUUCGACGAUGCAAUUACUGCCUUUGAAGAUAAGCAGGCCGAGGCGGUUCGUUUAGGCGCACCGGAGGUUCUCGGUGGAUUGGGUGUUGCUAUGCGAGCUGCGCGCUCGAAGACGCUCAAGGGAUUCGAGACUGAAGCCAGUCGGUACCACAAGGGUGUGUACCAGCGCAAGGGGGCUGAGCUCGAGAGCAAGGUCGAUGGACGGUUGAAAGCACUCUUCCACGGUCAGCUUUCGGCCGCACACAAGUCUGGUAUCCGUGAUUUCAGCGAUGCGGUCACUAAUGCUGUCAAGUCUGGUCAAAAGAAGGCUGGCAGCUACGACUUUGCUGAGAUCGUCAACGACGAGACCAAGGUUUCGCUGGAGAAGUUUGAGGGGGUUGCUCGUUCAACAGUGGUUGAGGGAGCCGCUUUCAGUGACUACAAGCAGCAGCUUGGCCUGUUUGAAAAGGAGUUGGCUGAGGUUAGCGCCGGUCUGCGCCGGGACGAAAUGAGACGCCUGGCUAGUCGUGUCGAGCGAUGGGUUCAGUCCCGUCUAGGUGAAUCAGUGGGACUCGAGUUCAAUAACAUGGGUUCUGGACGUGCUGGAGGCGGUGCUCCUGAGAACGGCGAGAAGCCCACCGAGAAGGCAUUCUGGGAUCGGAUCUGGAACGUAUUCGUGGAAACCGUUCUUGACGCAGAGCGACGAUUCACAGACCGCGCCAGCAGCUUCGAUGCCAGCCUGGAAGAGGUCGACGUUGGACUGUGGCGCCUGCGUCGUAAGUCCUGGGGUGUCCUGCGCGCCAAAAUCGAUGAGGAGAUGAUUGAGGGCAACUUGCUUCUGAAGCUCCGUGAGAACUUCGAGGACAAGUUCCGCUACGAUGACGAGGGCGUGCCGCGUAUCUGGCGCCCGACAGAUGAUAUUGAGGGCGUCUAUACCCGUGCUCGCGAGUCUACUCUGACUCUGAUUCCUCUUCUGUCUCGCUUCCGCCUCGCCGAAACCAACGCUCCGCCUCCGCUCGACCGGUGGAUUGGCCACACUCCGAGCUCUGCGACUUCUGCGGAUGAGGAGGACCUUGCCCCCAUCGGUGGCAUUGAUGAGGACGAAGGCAAGAGCCUGGAGGAAGAAACGACAAUUCUCGGUGAAUCGAAGCGCCAGGAGCUUACCGUGCGCUUCAAGAAAGCCGCGGAUGGCGUAUAUGUUGAGGCCAAGCGGAGUGCCAUCGGCGGCAUGACCCAGGUCCCGUUGUAUUUCUACGGCAUUUUGCUUGCCCUAGGCUGGAACGAGAUCGUCGCGGUUCUCCGCAACCCGGCCUACUUCUUCCUGCUGUUCGUGUGUGCCGUGGGCGCCUACAUCACCUACCAGCUCAACCUGUGGGGUCCCAUCCUGAAAAUGACGGAGGCUGCCUCGCAGCAAGCCCUCGUGGAGGGUAAACGCCGCCUGCGCGACUUCCUCGAGUCCUCCGAUGCCGGCCGACAAGCCAUGGCCAUGUCGGCGGACCGAACUGGAUCAGCCGGCCGCAAGGAGGAGUACGAGAUGUCCGACAUGCAAAAGCGCGGCUCCGGCUCCAAAGCAAACGAUGACCUGGAUGACAUGUAA